AUGACGCCAAAGCAUGCUAAUGGUGCUUGGCUGCUGUUGCUACUUGGCACGAUUUGUAGUUUUGGUAUGGUGGUGCGCACCGAGUUACCACGUCCGCGCGGAGUGUCUAUUUCACUAGCUAGCCUAUACGACGAUCGUGCCGGCAGCGGUCAGUUCGUUUGUCUCGAUGGGAAAAAAGUGAUACAUCGGGAGCGCAUCAAUGAUGAUUACUGCGACUGCGACGACGGUAGUGAUGAGCCGGGCACGGCUGCAUGCCCUAACGGUUCAUUUCACUGCACAAACGCCGGCUACAAACCGCUCAACAUACCGAGCUCGCGAGUAAACGAUGGCAUUUGCGAUUGCUGUGAUGCAUCGGACGAAUAUACUUCGCACGCCAACUGCGUUAACUCGUGCAGCGAGCUUGGUAAAGAGGAUCGAAUGCGUGAAAAAAAACGCAGUGAAAUGCUCAAAAUGGGUAACCAGAUGCGGUUAGAAAUGAGUCAACGCGGACGCGCACUUAAGGACGAACACCGGGCGCGCCUUGCGGAUCUCGAUAAGAAUCGGGCGGAAGCCGAUGCUGUUAAGCAAGAGAAAGCGUCUCUAAAGAGUGAAGCCGAAGAACUGGAAAACGCUGCUCUGAAAGUCUAUCGUGACCGGGAGGAGGAAACGAAACGGCUUAAGGAGGAAGCAGAGGCUGUGAGUAAUCGCGAAGAAGCCGCAGAGACAUUCCAAAAAUACGAUUCCAACCAAAACCAAAUGCUAGAGCUUGUCGAACUGCAAACGAGAAUUGUAUUCGAUCGCAAUCGCGAUGGUGCGGUGACUGAGGAUGAAGCUCGCUACUUCCUGGAUGAGCGUGAUCAGGUUGACUUUGAAACAUUCGUUACGCUAUGCUGGCCGCGCAUAAAGCCGUUCCUUAUGAUGGAUUCGGGAUUGUUCAAACCUCCCAGCACAGAGCAAGGAGAAUUGGGAGAGGAAACGGUAGAACCGGAACUGCAAUCCGAGGGCUACGAUUUGGAAGGUAGCGAACACUAUCCGGCGAAGGAUUCUUCGUACGGGGACGAAGAGUAUCAACCUCACAAUGGCGAAGAGGAGGAAGAAGAAGAAGCGUUGGACGAAAAUGACGAAGAAGAACGUGAGGAAGAUGUCGGCGAGGGAGAGGUGGAAUCAGUUCGAAAUGAAGGAAACACACUACCUGUAGAGUAUGAUCCCGAAACACAGGAACUGAUCAACAAAGCUAACGAAGCCCGUAAUCAACACUCGGAGGCAGAUCGGCAAGUGCGAGAGAUGGAUCAAGAAAUUCGCAGCAUUAAGGAGGCGCUCGACAAGGAUUACGGCAGGGAAGAGGAGUUUGCGAUACUGAAUGGGGAAUGCUUUAACUUCGAGGAUCGCGAGUAUGUCUAUAAGCUAUGUCCGUUUGAUAGAGCUAUACAGCAGCCGCGCAAUGGUGGAGCCGAGACGAGGUUGGGAACGUGGGACAAAUGGAACGGUCCGGGAGAUUACAGCGCCAUGCUUUACUCGAAUGGAGCACCUUGUUGGAACGGGCCGCAACGAUCUGCCGUAGUACUGCUCGAGUGUGGCUUAGAUACUAGAGUUCUUUCUGUUACCGAACCGAACCGGUGUGAAUAUGAAUAUCGUAUGCAAACUCCAGCAGCCUGCUUUUUCCAGGAUGAUCAGUCUAACAGCUCCAAAGAAACGCACGAUGAGUUGUAGUUUGGAGGAGGUAGAUACAAAUGCUACAAUUGUUCAUGUAAAAGAACUGUGUGCUUUCCAUCAAGCCCGUUGGUUCUCAGCAGUUGUUAUUAGGAACAUUACAAAAAUCGAAAGAACAAUCGAAUAAAACAUUCCCUCGUAAAGCAGCACAACACGUGAAUGCGAGAGAAUGGCUUGCAAAAAUAUCGUACUAAGCAGAUGAAAACGUAAAACGACUGAUUAUACAUGUGUGGACGGCGGAAAAUUCGAAACAUCAUAGCGCGGUGACACGCACAUCCGAUAAUCAUCAACAUUUUCCAUGAAAGCGAACAACACUACGUACGAUAGCAAAUGAAACGUUUGUGCAAUAAACCGUUUCAGUCAUUCCAACACUCAGGACAUGAUUUAUAGUAGAAUUGAAAUAAAAAAAGCUAGAACCGGAUGUACUAGACUUUUUGUUGAAAAGAUGCCAACGUAAAAUUAUUUUCUAUCAUACAUGGGGUGAUCAAAACUGUCAUUGAAAAUAAGAAUAAAAAUUCAA